ACGGCGCAGGUUUCAGUGCCUGCAACGUCACACACCGGACCGUGCACAAACCCACGGUGUGCCCACUGUGGCACAGUAGUCAUCCCGUCGCCCAAGGCCACUUUGCCGCUUCGCGAGCAGCCUUCGAUAACGGUGAACGACUGGAGUAUAUACACCAGCAAGGGCCCGAUCUGCCUGUCGGAAGAGCUCGACCACUUGAACGACACGCGGUUCGACUUCCCGUUGCCCGAGAUGAUCUUUGGCAACAACCGCGUGUUGCUUGUGAACGAAAAGACGGGCGCACGGAUCGACUUCAACACUCUCGAUGCACUCGACUCUCUUGCCCCCACCGCGGAUUUCAAGGUGGCAUAUUACAAGGAGUGGCUCAGCACCAGGCCCAAAGCCAAGACCUCGGAUACUGGAAGCGUAGCGACCGCGGACGGGUCCUUUAUAACCAUGGGCUCUGAAACACCCAGCCCGUCGCCCGAAUUGCAAUCCGUGAAGCCGUACGACUGGACGUACUCCACCAAUUACAGGGGCACGUUGUCGCGCUGCACCUUCACGAAGACGGCCCAGGACAUCCCGCUAGAGAAACUCGUGCGGCCAGACCCGAUUCUUUUCUACGACGAGUCCAUUUUGUUCGAGGACGAGUUGGGCGACAACGGCAUCUCGAUGCUCUCGACGAAAAUCAGGGUCAUGCACUCGUGUUUGCUUUUGCUUUGCAGGUUCUCCAUGCGGGUUGACGACGUUGCGUUUCGAAUCCGCGACACGCGUGUCUACAUUGACCUCGAGACCAACGUUGUCUUGCGGGAGUACAAGACGCAGCAGGCGCUGUACGACGAGCUCUUGGGCAAAGUAAGCGGCCGAAGCACCGACCCGAAAAAGCUCCUUCGGGACUCCAACUGGGUCUCGCAGAACACGCCCGUUGUGCUGCGCGAGGUGGAAGUCAUGGAG